CCAAGGAACUUUUCAUUCGACAAUUCCGUUUUCUUCGUCAGUCUUUGGUUGGAAUCGAUCGUGUCGAACGGAAAACGCCUCCCAAGAAAUUAACGAUCGGCACAACUUCGUCGAGUAAAAAUCGAUAAAAAUGUCGGCAGAUUCAACAUACUGUUGCAAGGUUUCGGAGGACGUUGUCAUAGAAAACGGCAUCAUGAAAGCCGUGCAUAAUGCGUACACGAAUCCCUACAACAGUCUGGGGGAAUUAAUUCUAGAGAGCAUGAGAUCAAAUCCAAAAUUCGUUGGACAGGUCGAUGGGGAGACCGGCAGGGAAGACACUUUCGAAGAAAUGGCUGAAAAGAGUGUCAAGUGUGCUCUGUGGAUGAGGGAGCAAAAUAUUGGGAUCGGUGACGUCGUAGGAGUUUGUACUCACAACCAAAUGGACAUGUACGUGCCAUGCUUCGCUGCUUUGUACGUUGGAGCGGCGUACAAUCCAUGGUGCGACGUCGGAUUGACCGAAGACAUGGCGAAACACUUCGUCGACCUGACGCAGCCAAAGGUGAUAUUCGCAAGCCCUGCGACGGCCGAAGUCGUCGACAAAGCGAUCAAAGACCUCGGCGCAGAAGCCACGGUCGUUGUUUUCGGAGAAACACCGAAUCAUCUCUCCCUGAACUCCGUCCUCGAAUCCCAGGAUUCGAAAAAUCUCGGUGACUUUCGUUGCACGAAAAUAUCGAGCGCUGAAGAAUCAGCCGUCAUUUUUUAUACUUCCGGAAGCACUGGAUUGCCCAAAGGUGUUGUUCACUCGCACAAAGGCCUUUAUGCCAACGUCCGACAUUACAUUAAUAUGGACAACAUCGAGGAGCCGACCGUCACACUUUCGUUUUCCCGGCUCUGCUGGGUCACUGCCAACUACAACAUGUUCCGAGGCAUCCUUGUUCCCGAUAAGAGAAUCAUCGUCUCGGAAUACUCUACAGAAAAGCUCGCGGCAUUCAUUGAAAAGUACAAGGUUAACUGGGUGCUCCUUGGACCCGCUGAGAUGAUUGGGCUCGCCAAAUGUUCUGAGAUAUCCAAAUAUGACUUGUCAUCUUUGAAAUUCGUGUCCAUCGGAGGGGCAGCCAUUAAAAAAGAAAUUCAAGAGUCUUUCGCAGCAACAUUCCCUCGCGCAUCCGUUCGCCAGUGUUACGGUAUCACGGAAUUGGGUCUAGGAAUAAAACAAGACGACAAAACCUGUUCCGAGCCUUCCUGUGGAAGGGUGACAGAGAACAGACAGCUGAAAGUAAUCGAUCCUAAAACUGGAAGAAUUUUGAAUCCACACGAGACUGGAGAGGCUUGUUUCAAGAGCGAAUACAUAAUGAAAGGCUACUACAGAAAUCCCGAAGCAACGAAAGAAGCAAUCGAUUCUGAAGGUUGGUUUCACACCGGAGAUCUCGUUUAUUACGACAAACAAGGCCACGUUUUCUUCGUCGACCGUUCAAAAGAGAUGGUCAAGUUUGGAGCUUGGCAUGUUUCUCCCACUAUGAUCGAGCAUAAAUUGCUGACACAUCCGGCCAUUCAAGAAGUUGCCGUCGUCUCAAAGCCUGACGAGAUCGAUAACGAGCACCCGAUCGCAUUCGUCGAGAAGAAGCCGGGGCAUCAAGUCACUGAGGAGGAGAUUCAAAGAAUCGUGGCAGCCGAGUUCCCGGAUUACAUGAAACUUCGAGGCGGCGUCAAGUUUUUGGACAAAUUGCCUCGCACUGCGGUCGGCAAAAUAGCUCGACCCGUGCUCAGAGCAUUGGCCAAGGCUGAUGCUCCAUAAUUUGCUUCAUCAAAAAUAUCCUGUCUCCAUGGGAGCUUAUUUGUUAUUAUUUUUGAUUCGUCGAUGUUUUUAAGAACUUGACAUUAAUUUUACGAUCUGAAUUCGUUGUUUCGUCAUGUCGCUAAAGAGAAAUGGCUUGUCGCAAAUUUCUCUUGGUUUUUACGUCUUUUUUGCUAUAUUUUACGAGCCGAUCGAACGAUCGAACUUUUUCUACGAGAAAUUCGUUUUUACCAUCAGACAAGUAGCUUAGUACGUAAGUCAGAAUUCAAGACCGUGUUUUUAUCAUUUGAUUUAUUAAGACCCAUGUAAAAUAACGUUUCAAAUCAUGUUUUAAUAAUGACUGUUUGAAAAUUCGUAUUUUUUAUUAGGACGAAUUGUCACUUCGUUGGAUCGCUGUAUAGAAAAAUGAUGCACGCGUUCCUUCUUUUUUUAUUUCGUUUUAUUUGUAAAUUCUUCUCGGUAUUCCACGAGCUGCAGCUUCUCUGAACAACCCGAUCAAAGAAUCCAUCGUUUCUUGGGCUGUCGGAAUAAUUUGCUCUGCUGGAAGUAUAAAUCCAUAUUUUCCAGUAUCGCGGAGCUCGUACGUGUAAGCGAUCGGUGUUUUGAAUGUGCUCUUCACCCAAUCGAGGGAACUCCCGGUCGCGAUGUCUAUUGUUCAAUCAAUCGUCCGAUCAGACUACAAACUUUUGUAUUUUUAUUAGUUUUAGUUGAAAUAUAAAGAGCAAAUUACUCACAAAUUGUUUCGGCUAUGUUUCCUGUCACGUAUUUCGUACCGUACCGCUUCGAUAGAGCUUCGAUCGUUUUUUUACCAAUUGCAUACUGUAAAAUGAGAAUAAAUGAAAGGAAUAACUGAGAGAUUAAAAA